AUGCGCGCCAGGUAUUCUCCCACAUCUUUCCCGCUAGACUAUAACAGAGAGAGCCGCGCCUCCUCCGGUCUCGUUGACAAGGCCCAGUCGGUUCAUUGCGAGAUCCUUCCUUCCACCAGCAGUGCUUCCCAACAAGCCUUCACUAUGGAUUUUUCACACUGGAAAGGAGAGGUAGAGGGCGUCGUCACCUUCAACAGCGUCGAACUGGCCUCAUUAGAGUCGUGUCCGCGUACUACUGGACCAAGCUUAGCAUCCACAGCGGCAGGCUUGUCCGGACUAGCCAUCAAUGCUCAGAGCUCAGUACCAUACUCCCAACCAACACAGGACACGGUCACCUUCAUCGCACCAGAGAGUCAGUUAUCAGACCGAGAGUCAAUCACCAGUGAUCCCGGACAGUCUCUGUAUUCGUUCUCCGGCACCUCUGCUGAUGUUGCACUCGCUCCCGCGACAACCUCGUCUUUCCACAUGGAUCCCUACAAUUAUACCUCCAGAUGCUCACAAGCUGCAAUGCAUGCGCCAUUCCAGAGUGCGUCUGGCGGCUACACCCCUCAACAGAUCAACAAAUGGUGCAUGGAGAGUGAGCCCGGCAGUAGUAGCGUGUAUCAAUCAACUGCCUCAUACCCAGCCAUGAACCCUCUCGCCGUGCCGACCACCGGGCUGAUUUCUACUUGUUAUCCUGCCUUUGACGAGGAUUUGCUGAACGAGUCUGCGUGGUCUUCUGUGGCGCCCACGCACCUCUCUCUGGGACCCGGCGUUGCCGAAACCACUCCGACUUGCUCCAUCCCCAACGCCAGUGCUCCCAUCGAGUACGGUACGUCUUCGACUGGCCCAGCACCCAACCAGGCCUUUCUUUCCCCUACUCUCGAGCCCUUCUCCAACCUCAGUACCUCUCCAGCCACCACGAUACUCUCCGAAUUUGAGCCGUCAUCAUCCUGUCAUCGACCAUCCUCCCCUCCCUCCAACUCGGCCGAUCUCUCUCUCUACGGAAUCCCCGCGGGAGAAGGGGUUUGGCGAUGCGCUCACCCGGGAUGCACUUCACAUGCGCUAUUCCGCCGGGGCUGCGAUCUUCGCAAACACUUCAACAGGCAUCGCAAGCACCUCUUCUGUCGACAUGAAGGAUGUCCACAAUCUACCCAGGGUGGCUUCUCCAGUAAAAAGGACCGAGCUCGUCAUGAAGCCAAGCACAAUCCGGGGGUGAUUUGUGAAUGGGAGGGCUGUGAGCGAGUCUUCAGCCGGGUGGACAAUAUGAAAGAUCACGUGCGACGUAUUCACCGUCGCAAGGGGAGUCAAUAA